UUACCGGAUUCACUGAGACGAGCAAUGCCAAGAGGAAAGCCUUUCCCAACACGGACCUGAAACCGGUUUCUUCGUUCAGAGAUAAUGAAAUCAAAUUUAACCCACCUUCAAAUCCGUCCAGCUUGUAUUUAUAUGUUUGGGUUGGGACUCUCUCUCAACACCACACGCACUGCGUACAGCACCAGCAUUCCCACAACCCCUACCUUCCCUCUCCCCCUAACGAACCGUUUGGGGAAUAAAAAGCGAGGGAAAAACAACGACCGAAAUCCAUAGAUCCCGCCGGUAUUGGUCACCGGAGUUUUGCUUCCCGGCAGAAAUUCGAGUAGCAUUCGGGAAGGCAGGAUAUUCUCACAAUGAAGGCACUUAUUCUUGUUGGAGGAUUUGGAACACGGUUGAGGCCAUUGACGCUCAGUUUCCCAAAGCCACUGGUUGAGUUUGCUAACAAACCUAUGAUUCUGCAUCAGAUAGAAGCUCUCAAAGCUAUUGGUGUUACUGAAGUAGUUUUGGCCAUCAAUUACCAACCAGAGGUGAUGCUGAACUUCUUGAAAGAAUUUGAGGCAAGGCUUGGGAUUAAGAUUACAUGCUCACAAGAAACUGAGCCACUUGGGACUGCUGGUCCUCUAGCUUUGGCAAGGGAUAAGCUGAUUGAUGACUCUGGUGAGCCAUUUUUUGUCCUCAACAGUGAUGUUAUCAGUGAGUAUCCACUCAAAGAAAUGAUAGCUUUCCACAAAGCCCAUGGAGGGGAGGCUUCUAUAAUGGUCACUAAGGUUGAUGAGCCAUCCAAGUAUGGUGUGGUGGUUAUGGAAGAGUCAACAGGGAAAGUUGAAAGGUUUGUGGAGAAGCCAAAAAUAUUUGUUGGUAACAAGAUCAAUGCUGGGAUUUACCUGUUGAACCCAUCCGUUCUUGAUCGGAUUGAACUGAGACCCACAUCAAUUGAGAAAGAGGUAUUCCCAAAGAUUGCAGCUGAGCAAAAGCUCUAUGCCAUGGUCUUACCAGGAUUCUGGAUGGACAUUGGUCAACCCAAGGAUUACAUCACAGGUCUCAGACUCUAUCUGGACUCCUUGAGGAAGAAAUCCUCAUCCAAUCUGGCCAAUGGUUCUCAUAUCGUUGGAAAUGUUUUGGUACAUGAGACUGCCGUGAUCGGAGAGGGGUGUCUCAUUGGGCCAGACGUGGCUAUAGGUCCAGGAUGUGUAAUUGAGCCAGGGGUUAGACUUUCACGUUGCACAAUAAUGAGAGGUGUUCGCGUUAAGAAGCACGCAUGCAUCUCCAGCAGCAUCAUCGGUUGGCACUCCACUGUGGGGCAGUGGGCUCGAAUAGAAAAUAUGACCAUCCUUGGGGAAGAUGUUCAUGUAUGCGAUGAAAUAUACAGCAACGGUGGUGUUGUUCUACCCCACAAAGAGAUCAAGAGCAGCAUUUUGAAGCCGGAAAUUGUCAUGUGAGAGUGAGAACCAGAGAUGAAGCUGAGGUUUUGAGUUGCAGUUAAAAUUGUCCAUAGUAAUGACAUUAUGUCUGAAAAUUGGGUCUUCUUCUUUCUCUCUUCCUUUCAUGAUUGUAAAAUCUAGUGUUAUGUCAUCUUGAUUUGCAGAUGCAUAAGGUCAGUGGACCUCAGGUGCACCCUGCUCUGUCCCUACCCCAUGAGUCCAGUCCCCCUGUAAUGUGUGUUAUGUAAUACCAGAACAGAAUAGAGAAGGUAUGGUUACGGCUGAGCAUUUUCUUAGGAUACAUAUGUGGCCUGGAUUUGAGAUGUAAUCUUGAUUUGCAGAUGUGUAGAUACAAGUUAUCAUUGCCAA